CAAACCAAGCAAUUUAUUUUUUCUAUUUUCCUUCUAUUUUUUUUUACAAAUAUUGUGCUUUCAAAACCCACUUAAAAAACAAAUUUUUUUUUUUAGGUCUGUUGGCAUAACAGGCUAGUUGUGCCACAGAACCACUGAUAACUAAUAAAUAACCAUCACAACAAACAUGGACAAGGUAGUAGACAAGGUGACAAGAAUUGCAUCAGAACGCGGAGUGGUGAUCUUCGCCAAGAGCUCGUGUUGCCUAUGCUACGCAGUCAACAUUUUGUUCCAAGAACUCGGGGCUACCCCUUUUAUCUACGAGGUAGAUAAGGACCCCGAGGGCAAGGAAAUUGAAAAAGUACUAAUGAAACUCGGAAGCCAAUCAGCUCUUCCAGCCGUGUUCAUUGGAGGGAAGCUCAUGGGAUCCACCAACGAGAUCAUGUCCCUCCAUUUAGCAGGGCAUCUCGUCCCAUUGCUUAGGCCUCACGGGGUGUGUAACUGAGUCCAUCAUCUUAUCAUUACGAGCUGCACAUUUACGUUUUACGACAUGUUUAGUCGAAUAAGGAUUUAAUUAGACCAACAUGAUAGUUGUCUAAGUAGAGAGUCUGUUUAUUUGCUAUUGAAUUUACUUCCUGCCUUAAUUAAGUAGCAAUGUGUUUAAGUUAGCUAGUACUUCUAAGAGCAGCUAAAGCAUGUAAUAUCUUAUUGUGGCAAUGAAAAUCAACUUUGUUACAUACAAGUA